GAGCUAUGCCGAAGACCGUGAACCAAUUUCCUCACUGGAUUCCGUAACGCCCUUCGCCUUGCCUCUGUCUCCCCUCCUUGGGCGGGUCGCCGGACGACGCUUGAAUAUUUCCAUCACGACGGAUCACUUUUGCGAGAAGCGCCAGCCCAAACGCGACGCCAUAUUCGGCAUCGGCCAAAUCACAGUGGUGCCCAAGCACAUGUGCCAACAGGCAUAACCCAACCAGAAAUUGCAACUUCAGGCAUCAAACUUGUCCGAGCGCAGACCGGGCUCCAUUGCCUUAAUUGCUUUGACAACCAGACCGCCUCACACUUUCUGGCAGCGCAGUCCUUGUUCGCAGCGGCGGCAGGCUCUUCGUUGUCGUGUGGGAGUUGGCCGUAUCAGAGCCAAAGCAGGCGGCGUUUCCGCUGCAGCAGCCUCAGAAGCAGAACCUCCACCUAUCCCUAUCCCUCCUACACAACCGGUGGGCUUCUCAAGCGACCGCGACCCGGUUCGUUUUCUACACAGGCGCCACGAGUGAAGCCUGUUGCCCAACUCGCCAUGUCCUACAACCACCGCCCGUUGUCGCCAGGCGGCCGCCGGCUUGCCAAUACUGCGCGAGCCUCCGACACCACCUUGACCAGCGAUGGCUAUUACCAGCAGCGACACAGCACCUACACUUCACCCCGCACCAGCACCAGCGGCGUCAUCCCCAUAUCGACUCAGACCUUCAUCACCCAAGCGCAGCCGUCCCCAGCUGCACGCCAGUAUCUCGACACCUACUCCGGACGGCCACGUCGUUCCUCCCACGCCGAUCAGACGCGCGUUGCGACUGCUUCCUCCAGCACCACUGCUCUCCCUUCUCGCAGCCGUCCGACCGUCAUACAGCAGGAAGUUACUCGUCCCUCCAGCCCCACCAAAAUAACCCCACGUGAUAUAUAUGUCACGCCCAACUCCUCACAAGAGCCUCGCGUAUCGACAGUCACCCACAAGAAGUUAUACAGUGUGGACGGGGAUGGCAGUGCCAAACUGGUAGCUGACGUGAACAUUCCUGCUGGAGGAGACCGACACCACCAGCGAAAGGGCAGUGUCGAGAAGAGCGGUUACAGAACAACUGGAGUGGAACGAGAGCGUGAGAGGGGCCGACGCGGAGCAACCUACCACACCAACGGAGGACACGGUCGGCCUCGAGACAAGAGCAUUGAGGACGAGGACGCCUAUUCGUACACUGAUCCAGCCAGCAUGUACCGUGAUACAGAGCCAAGAUGGCGAGAAGUGCAGCGACCACGACGCGGCAGUCUGGACCGCGGUGGUGCUCUGAGCCACGAGCGCCCAGUGAGCAUGGUUGAACCAGUGUUCAUACAGAGACAACCUGUCAAGGAGAGUGGAGGGCCACCGCCAAGUACGCGAGGCUGGGACAAGAUCAACGAUAACUUGGGACGCACUUCCAGUGUCAGAGACGCUCCUCGACCCGUCGCACAAUCGCCUACUCGUGGUCGACAUGCUGGCUAUGCGGACUACGGGGACUCAAACGACCCCAUCUUUGCUGCGCCUCGAAACAGCUCUACUGAAGGACGUCGGACCACGAUUCACACCUAUGAUUCCAACUACGACUAUGGGAGGGAGCCGAGAUCGGCUGCACGGCGGCACAGCAUCACUCGCAGGCCCGACCCUAGUCUCGAGAGGCGAGGCUUCGGGAUUAACCCCAACCUCCGAGAUGACAGCCAGACCAGAUAUGGUCGGCACGAUGUAAGAGGCAGUGAUGAGAGCUUCGAGCACACCGUAUACCGAGACUCUGGAUAUGCCGAGCCCAUAAGACGAGACACUGCGCCACAGUCCUAUGCACCUCAGUAUCAGGACAAUGGCCGCCUGGAGCAGGAGAAACGGGAUCGCGAGUAUGCUCUGAGGCUACAGGCUGAGGAUCGGGACAGAGUUCGCGAACGAGAUCUGAGGGAGGCUCCAGUCAAGCUUCCUACACGGCGAGAGGAUGACCGUGGACAGGACCGUGAUUAUGAACGACCGAGAGAGCGCGAUCAUGAGCGUCUUACAGAGCGUGAAAGGGAACGCGACCGGUAUGUGCAGCCUCCUGCGGAACGCAAGGAUGAUCGGAAAGAAGAACGGAGAGACGAGCGAAAGGACGAUCGCGAACGACAUCAUGUCAGGAGAGACGCCGAUCGUGACCGUGAAUAUGGGCGCAAGAAAGACAAGGAUGACAGUCCAAGACGCAAUGGAGAUACUGUUUCUAAGCCAAGCCUGUCGCAGGCCGCAACAGGUGGCCUUGCUGGCGCUGCAGCGGCUUUUGGCUUGACCGGUCUUAUCAACAAGGUCACUUCCGACAAACGUGACAAAGAUAAGGACCCAGAUCCCCCGCGAGAGCGAAGCGACAGAGAGCGAGAUCGCAGUCGUGACCGUAGAGCCGAUCGUGACCGGCAGGACCGCGAACGGGAGCGAGAGAGGCCAGAGCGCCAUAAUGAUGAGCGUGAGCACCAUCGUGAUGAACGUGAUAGAAGGGAGGCUGUACGUACCGUCAGCGACGAAGAUCACUAUGGCCGUGACCGGGAACGAGACCGUACGCGCAAAGAAGGAGAUCGGGGCCUGGGUUUCGCGUUCGAAGCGCCUCCUGAGCCGCAGCGGACUGCACCACCUUCAAGCAACGACCGACAACAGGGACCUCCACCACCACUGGACCGCGCACCUACUGAGCGAUCUCAGGCUCAGGACAGGACGCAAGAUCGUUCGAUUGAUAAGGCGACAGAACGACCACUUGAGCCACCUAAUGAGCGUCCCGCGCCAUCAUUUGCACCAGAGCGUCCUUCUAGUAGGCAAGGAGAGCGUAGUCACCCUCGACCUGAGCCAGAACGCGUUCGAGACUCUGAUUCCGACAGCAAAAACGGGCGCUCCGAAAAGCCUGCGCCUCCAAUAUCAGCCGAGGAAGACUAUCGUCGUCGCAUGGAGCAGAUUCAGCGCGAGCUUGGUGUAGCAUCAGCUGCGCAACGUGCUGUGGAUGCUGAUCCAGACCGGGAGCGCCGCAAAAAGGAGCGCGAGCAGCGACAGCGAGACCGCGAACUCCGCAACAACAGCGUGCCUUACUCAGACUCGAGCUCGAGCAGUAACACCGCGCCUUCUAAAACGAGAGGCAGCUUCGCCAGAGACGACGUAUCGAAUGUGACAGGAACGACCGCCCACGAAUCGGCAUCGCCUGAUCUUCAUAGAAAACCCAGCAUACUUGACAGGCCCAUGACGGACGAGCCGUACCAGAUCAUAGACAACUCCCAGAGCGACCGACGCGAGAACCGUGUUCGCAUCGUGGAUCCUCCCACUGAGGUCGAAGACAAGAGGCCGAAGGGUAUCCUCAAAAAGCCCACAGAAAAGUUCCCUGAAGACAACCACGCGAUUCGAGAAGGUGUCGCUCCACUCAAAGAUGCCACCAAAAAGGGUAUUCCGCCUGGCGCACGAUGGACAAAGAUCGAUCGGCGUCUUGUAAACCCGGAAGCACUCGAAGCAGCGCAAGAAAGAUUCGAGGAACGUCUCGACUGUGUCAUCGUGUUGCGCGUUUUGACAAAAGAAGAGAUUCAGAAGCUCGCAGACAAGACGCGAGACAUCAGAGGUAAACGACACCGUUCUCAUUACACCGAUCCCAGAGACAUCACGCCCCCAAAUGGAACCAGUCCAGACCAAUCCAGUGUGGAUGAGGCACACGGAACUGAUCAUGCUCCCCAAAAGGCAGCAAAUGCGUCCACAGCUCCACCGAACCUGGAGCACUUGUAUAAUCAGCUCGCGCUAAACCCGCCACCACUGGUGGACUUCAUUGAUACCAGCGCACAACCAAGCCUCCAAGAGGCGCGUUCGGGUCGAGAAGAACAAGGCCAGUCGGGAAGAAGCCGAGCAUACAAGACAAGCGCAAUUCAUGGUCAUGGAGGUGGGUCUCACGCCAAUCGACAACAUUCACUGACGCGAGAUGCUCGUUAUGCAGACAAACGUUAUGAAGAGGAACGUUCUGAGAGAAAGUCCGGCGCCCGGAAGAGCACCCGCAACCGUGAUCGAUACGAGCGUGGCGAAUAUGAAUACAGUGAUAGCGAGGAUGAGUUCAAGGAGAAGGUACCCAAGAUGCUCGAGGCCCCGUCGACAGGUGGUGCGAGCAAUGAUCUGGACUUCGUCCGCGAGAACCAGCGUCGACAUGAUCGAGACCGGGAUUCGGAGAUGAGCUACAUGUCUGGUGGUUUAGGAGCGAGAGAUGAUGGGAGACGGAGAGAGGAGCCGCAUUCGCGCUACUAGGCGGGUUGAGGAUCCGCUGCAUGGGCAAGGGAUUUGCCUGAUGAAUACGCGCACGGUGCCGCAGCGUCAUGGAACCGUACGCAAGGUCGAAUGGUCAUAUAUGUCACAGGGCAUGAGCAGAGGUGCGGGAGGCAAAUUAGAGACAGCGAAGCAGCGUGAAGGUGAAGCAUCAUUGAUUACACGAAUUGCGACAGAUACCCCAAUCAUUACAGCAUUGAC